AUGCCACUGAGCUCUGUAGCCAUUCUCCUGAUCAUCCCUUUGCUUCUGUAUAUAUAUAUCUACCUCAACGAUGCUAAACUGAUGAAUCUGCCGUCAUACGUUGAGGACACGUUUUCUCCUCAUCGAGUGACAGACGAAGAUGCAAUGCGGACCGCCGCUCGGUUAGCGGAAAUUCCUAUCACCAUCACCAGCUCUUUGCCACCUCAAACUGGGCGGAGGUACAUCAUUGUAGGAGGGGCAGGGUUCUUGGGUGGUUGGAUUGUCUGCCAGUUGUUAGGCCGUGGAGAGGACCCGAAGCGAAUUCGGGUACUUGACAUACGGCUUCCGACGCGGGAGGAUUUAACAACGGGACAAGCGAAGGACGUCGAUUUCCGGCUCGUCGAUAUCUCGAACAAAAAGGCAGUCGAGAAUGCCUUCCAUGCUCCUUGGCCUACUGGAUCUCAGAGUCUUGGAACGCAUCAAUCAGAGAUCACUGUCUUUCAUACGGCUGCGAACAUCCGUUUUUACGAGCGGCACCCCGAGCUGCUCUAUCUCUCGGACAGCGUAAAUGUUCAAGGCACCCAAAACAUCAUCGAUGCCGCACGGGCCAUCGGGACGUCUGUCCUGAUAUAUACUUCAUCUGGAUCUAUUUCCGUGCGGCGCACCAGGUUCUGGCUCUGGCCAUGGCAGAAGGAGCCGGAUUUCCUGGUGCAGGUCAUUACGGACGAAGACGAGUUAAUACCCAAGCGGCACGAACAUUUCUUUUCCAACUAUGCGGCAUCCAAGACCAAAGCCGAACGACUUGUUCGGGCCGCAGACAAGAGCCCUUCAGGGAAUGCUGUUGUGCGCACGGGCUGCCUGCGUCCUGGGAAUGGCAUUUAUGGCCCAGGGGGAGACAUUCUUUGCGGUUCCUACCUUGUCCGCCAAGUCAAUCCUACCUGGAUAGGCAACAUUUUACAGAAUUUUGUAUACGUCGAGAACGGAGCGCUUGCACAUCUGUGCUACGAACAGCGUCUCAUAGAAAUCCAGCGCGGCUCUACAAACCCAGACGUCGGCGGUCAAGCAUUUUGUGUGACAGAUGCAGGCCCGCCGGUGACUUAUGGGGACGUGUACACUACACUAGGCGUCCUGACGGAGGGCUUGACCGUCUUCCCCAAGCUCUCUGCCACCAGCAUGCUUCUCCUCUCGUACAUUUUCGAGUUUAUUCAUGUAUCCCGCGCGCUCAUGCUACUCUCGUCCAAUGCGAUUAUCCGCCGCCUAGGUUCCCUCAUUCCAAAACUGAACAGCGAUCUGAUUAAUUUGCAACCGUCCCUCUUCGCCUUGACUAUGGUCCAUCUUAUAUGGGAUGAUUCCCGCGCACGGCUGCCACCAGAGAAAGGAGGACUGGGAUAUGCACCUCUGUGGACGACUCUGGAGGGUUUGUGUAAGCUUGUCGAUGAACACAAGAAAGCGGGUGGGAGGGGCGAAGAGCGAUCGAUGUCGGGGGGCGUUAGCUUUGGUUUCGCGUCGAUGAAGGCGAGCAGGGGCAUCGAAAAGGACCCGCCGGACAUACUGCGCUCACAAGGACUGCAGGAAGCACACGUACGUCUCUUUUCUCGUCAUGAUCCUGAAUCCCCUCAUAAGGUGACACAGUACAAGAAGGGGAAGGAUUCGCUGGCUGCGCAAGGAAAGCGCCGUUACGACCGUAAGCAGUCAGGUUACGGUGGUCAGACCAAGCCCGUCUUCCACAAGAAGGCCAAGACGACCAAGAAGGUCGUUCUGCGCUUGGAGUGCACUGUGUGCAAAUACAAGAUGCAGCUUUCGCUCAAGCGUUGCAAACACUUCGAGCUUGGUGGUGAGAAGAAGACGAAGGGUGCUGCACUUACCUUCCCCAUAGAGACCAUCGUAUUCUUCUUCAUCGUCGCGACCCUUGCUUAUUUCCACGUCCUUUCCGCCAUCAAACACUCCUCGUUCCUGGCUCCCAACUCGCCGUCCACCCUUCGUCCUGCCCACACUUUGUUGCGCGACAGCAAAUGGGUCAGCGUGAGCGAAAACACUUGGUAUGAUGCUCGUCAUUCCGAGAAUGGCGUCACAACGUUGGAACUCCAGCAAAUCGUGCUCUCUUUGGAUGCGAAGGCUGCCAAGAAGAAUCUCCCCCACGUUCAGAGCUCUAUGGACAAUGUCACCCAAUACUUAACCCACCGAUUUGUUUCCUCGUCAGGCAAAUCUUACUCAGACCUCUGCCACCAACUCACUGUCGACGGCAGCGCAGCGCAGUGCUUUGUAUCUACCGUUCCGGACUCGCCAACUUCUGAGGUCCUCACGUUGUCAUUUAUCCCUGGUGGCAGGGAAGAAUUUUUGUCUGCGUUCAAGAAGCAGGCGCCAUUCGCUUCAGAGGAGCUCGGUAGCGUCAAGUAUGUCAUCGAGGACCAGGAAGCUCAGACCAUCGGCGACAUGAAAAGCGGCAAAUGGGUAGCCUAUGCUGCUCGUGCCAUGGUUGUUCGCUUCUGGGAUCUAUUGAAGAAGGCGGACUCUCUCGACAUCCUUCUCGUACUCGCCGGCUAUGUUCUCAUGCACACGACAUUCAUCAGACUAUUCUUGUCAUCGCGAAGCUUGGGCUCAAAUUUCUGGCUGAUGACAGCCAUCCUGUCUUCUUCGAUCCUCUCAUUCAUCGUCGCUCUCCCGCUUGCUGGCUACCUCCACAUUCCUCUUGAGCCUGUCAGCCUCAUCGAGGCUCUCCCCUUCCUCGUCUGCACCGUAGGCUUCGAUAAGCCCCUUCGCCUUGCUCGCGCUGUGUUUAGCCACCCCCAUCUCUUCACUCCCGCCGUUCAGGAAGGUCGCUUCCGCGGCCAGAUGAAACCGGCACCCGAAUUGAUUAUGGAGGUGCUUGACAAGGCUGCGAACCCCAUUCUCCGUGACUAUGCCUUGGAAAUCGCCGUUUUGCUCAUUGGGGCAUAUAGCAAGGUCGGAGGACUGAAGGAGUUUUGUGCAUUGGCUGCCCUCCUCUUGACGGUGGACUGUGUUGCGAUGGCCACCUUCUAUUGCGCAAUUUUGAGCAUCAUGAUUGAAGUACGCAGGAUUAAAAUGUUCCGGAACAUGUCUCGCUCGGGGCCGAAAUCGGCAGACGGCAAGCCUGCCACUGUUCUUUCCAAUGGACAGCUUCAGAUGCCUCAGCUCAAUUUCCGCCAGCGGACAUCGGCUGCUGUUCUCGGCGUGAAGGGUUCAUUCUUGCGGCAGACUCAGGGAACCGAUGGUAAAGUUAAGGAUACGAAGGAGGAGAGCCCCGUUGCGCGGCUCAAGCUGCUUUUGAUUGUGUCGUUUUUGACUCUGCACAUCCUCAAUCUAUGCACCACCUUGACUCCUACAUCUGUGAUAGCUAGACACGAUCAGUCUGUAUGGAGCUCGACCGAACUCGCACCGGUUUCCCACAAGGUCGAUCUGACUACCCCUUCCGUCUCGAGCGCCCUUGCAUCCCUGGUCGCAAGCAUUGAUCAGUCACAGUCCGAGAUCUUCGUCAAAGUAUCCCCAGCUGUGCAUGUUCGCGUAGUGCCUACACUCACCAAAGAAGGCAAGGCCCAGGAGGAGUAUUUGUUUGACGAUUUUAUGUCGUCGUGGACCAAUCUUGUCGGCGACCCUGUCCUCUCCAAGUGGAUCGUCCUCGUCCUCGGCGUCAGCGUCGCGCUCAAUGGUUACUUGCUCAAGGGUAUCGCUACCGGCACUGGGUCGACUCGCACGGUUCAACCCCCACAGAGUGUGCGGUUCAAAUCGGAAGAUCAGACCAAACGCACUGCUGCUCGCCCUACCCACAUCGAGAUUCCCGAAACCCGCGUCGAGCGCUUUAUUGCACCAGCCACAGUUGCGACACAGCCCCCAGUUGCACCUGCAUCGUUGCCUAAGACGGCGUCCGUCAACGGCAUUUCGAAGAUGCUCGAUUCUGUAGAUUUGGCGCUCAAGGCACAGAAGCCACGUUUCAGCACUGGCGAUUCGGACUCAGCGGAUGAAGAAGAGAAGCAAGCCUCGACCAACGUCAGGACCCUGGAGGAAUGCAUAGAGAUCUUCGAAAACGGCCCUCGGCCCGUAUCAGUGUCCUUAUCCAUGCUCAACGACGAAGAAGUUAUCCUUUUGGCGCAAAACGGCAAGAUCGCGGCGUAUGCUCUGGAGAAGGUGCUCGGAAACCUCGAGCGCGCCGUCCAGAUUCGGAGGGCUCUGAUAUCGCGCGCCUCCAAAACCAAGACGUUCGAACAUUCUGAUGUGCCUAUGGCUAAUUACGACUACUCCCGGGUUAUCGGUGCUUGCUGCGAGAAUGUUGUUGGCUACAUCCCCAUCCCCCUUGGGAUCGCCGGUCCUUUGAGAAUCGACGGCGAGCUCUUCCCGGUCCCGAUGGCCACGGCUGAAGGUACCCUUGUUGCGUCGACAUCUCGCGGCUGCAAGGCUCUCAAUGCGGGCGGAGGCGUGACCACUGUUAUUACCUACGACGCCAUGACUCGCGGACCUGCCAUUGACUUCCCAUCGAUCACCAUGGCUGCAGCUGCGAAGGCAUGGAUCGACUCGGAGGAGGGGGGUGCAAUCAUGAAGGAGUCAUUUGAGUCGACAUCACGUUUCGCGAAACUGCAGAGGCUCAAGUGUACGUUGGCCGGCCGCACGCUCUUCGUCCGGUUCGCCACGACGACUGGUGACGCCAUGGGCAUGAACAUGAUUUCGAAGGGUACGGAGAAGGCGCUGGAGACGAUGGGCAAGUACUUCCCCGACAUGAUCGUCCUCGCGCUUUCGGGUAACUACUGCACGGACAAGAAGCCGGCUGCGAUUAACUGGAUCGAGGGUCGUGGGAAGAGCGUGGUUGCGGAGGCUGUCAUCCCAGGAAAAGUUGUCAAGGCGGUGCUGAAGACGACGGUUGAGGCGCUGUGCAACUUGAACAUCAAGAAGAACCUGGUUGGGAGCGCGAUGGCUGGGUCUAUUGGUGGAUUCAAUGCGCAUGCAGCGAAUAUCCUGACUGCUAUCUACCUCGCUACCGGCCAGGAUCCCGCCCAAAACGUCGAGUCCUCGAAUUGCAUGACCUUGAUGGAACCCACGAAUAACGGCCAGGAUUUGUUAAUGACUGUCACCAUGCCUUCGAUUGAAGUCGGCACCGUAGGGGGCGGCACUGUACUUGCACCUCAACAAGCAGUCCUCGAGCUGCUCGGUGUCAAGGGCGCACAUCCAACACAGCCUGGACAGAAUGCUCAGCAACUCGCUCGUAUCGUCGCUGCGUCGGUCAUGGCUGGCGAACUCUCACUUCUCUCUGCACUCGCUGCAGGACACCUAGUCCGCGCGCAUCUCGUGCACAACCGUUCGCAGGUGAACACACCCUCUGUAUCGACACCAGCCACGCCUGGCCCCGUGACGCCGCCAAACGGCCUAUUCUGGGCACCCCAUACAUCGAAUAACGUGUCGCGCGCGGCUGUGGCGCCAUUGACGACGACGCAAUCUACAAUGUCGUUGGCAGGGUACAGUCUAGAUGCGAAGCAGUGAGUGCUAUGGAUGAAGAACUGCUUCAUUCUCGGACAUUGCUGCCGCAUUUCUUUUUCUUCUCAUCCCUACCUUACACCUUCGAUUCGCUCAUUCAUCCUCCAUUAUACCUCACUCAUAUUUUCGUCCACUUUAUUCUUUCAACAUUGUUGAUCGAGAUCGCCGCAUUGAAUGUGAGACAUUUCCUCCAAUAUGUAAGUAAGCACAGGCGUUGUGUAUAUCGAUAUUGCUUUCGGAUCGGAUAGACAGUGCAUGAAAUGAUAGUGCAUUUAGAGAGAAACUAUG